CUGUUGAUGAUUGGGAUGAUGAUGAUGGUGAAGAAGGUGGGCUCUGCGCAUGACUAUGUGGAAGCAUUGUAUAAGAGUAUCCUCUUCUUCGAGGGCCAAAGAUCAGGGAAGUUGCCUCCGACCCAGAGGAUGACUUGGAGGAAGGACUCCGGCCUCCGGGAUGGAUUCGAAGUUGGGGUAGAUUUGGUGGGAGGAUACUAUGAUGCAGGAGACAACGUGAAGUUCAACUUCCCGAUGGCCUUCUCAAUGACCAUGCUCGCGUGGAGCGUGUUGGAGUUCGGCUGGUCGAUGGGACCUGACAAGGCCCAUGCCCGUGAUGCGAUCCGGUGGGGCACUGAUUACUUCCUCAAGGCCACGAGCCAUCCUGGGAUCGUAUACGCUCAGGUCGGGGAUCCCCAUGCUGACCACUACUGCUGGCAGAGGCCCGAGGACAUGGACACCCCGAGAACACCCUAUGCUGUCAGCAGCCAGCUCCCCGGCUCAGAGGUCUCAGCUGAGAUCGCGGCAGCCCUAGCUGCAUCUUCCUUGGUGUUCAAAAGCGUUGAUCCUGCAUACUCUCAGACUCUACUUGAUAGGGCCAAAUCGGUAUUUGAGUUUGCAGACAAGUACAGAGGAUCAUACAACAUAACUCUCGGUCCUUGGGUCUGCCCAUUCUACUGCGAUUUCAGUGGCUACGAGGAUGAAUUACUCUGGGCCGCGGCAUGGCUGUUCAAGGCGACUAAGAGUCCGUCCUACUUGCAAUAUGUCGUUCAGAACGCCCAUGCUUUAAGCCACAGUCCAUACGCUGCCAACUCUGCUGAAUUCGGAUGGGAUGUGAAGAAUGCCGGAAUUAACGUCCUACUCUCGAAGUUCUUAAUGAAACGAGGGUCUUCCAGCCUCUUCUUGCCCGAUGCAGAUUGGUUUGUGUGCACGAUUUUACCCGAAUCUCCGACUAAGUCCGUCGAGUACUCUGCCGGUGGGCUCAUGUUCAAACCUGGAGGAAGUAACAUGCAGCAUGCAACCACUCUGUCGUACCUUCUUCUAGUAUAUGCCAAGUAUCUUGAUAACUCAAAUCGAACAGUCCAAUGUGGUAACAAUAUGUUCGUGCCUCCACAAAGGCUCAUACAAGUUGCUAGAAGCCAGGUUGACUAUAUCCUAGGAAGUAACCCCCUAAACAUGUCAUACAUGGUAGGGUAUGGAAACAAGUUCCCUCAAAAGAUACACCACCGAGGGUCUACCUUACCUUCGCUCGAUCAACACCCGGGAAAAUUAGGCUGCGUAGACGGGACGCCCUACUUCGAGAGUUACUCUCCAAACCCAAAUGUGCUGACCGGUGCCAUUGUUGGGGGACCUGACAUACAAGACCAAUACAAUGACUCUCGAUUCCAUUUUACGCACUCUGAACCGACGACAUACAUCAAUGCACCCUUUGUAGGGGUCCUUGCGUACUUCAAAUCACAUCCCAAUCCUUCAUAG